AACGACUUUGAAGAUCUGCUUUGUGUGUGGGUAUGGGUGUGUGUGUGUGCCCAUAUCCUUUUCUCAAAGGAACCACCACAGGGAAUUUAUCAGGCUUUCUCACUGAGAGUGAUGGUCUAGGCAAAACUCUGUGUUAGCCACUUGGAUAACACUGGCAGCUUCAAGUUGGACAGGCUAUUUUGGGGACUCUUAACUGCUUUCUGGACACCUUUACUGAGCCAAGUGGUGGAAAUGAAAGAUGAGUGACUUUGAAGAAUGGAUUUCUGGGACAUACAGAAACAUGGAAGAAGGUCCUCUCCCUCUGUUGACUUUUGGUACAGCUCCCUACCAUGACCAGAAACCAGGAACCAGUGGAUUACGGAAGAAAACCCAUUACUUUGAGGCAAAGCCAUGCUACCUGGAGAAUUUUAUCCAGAGCAUAUUCUUUUCCAUAGACCUAAAAGAUCGCCAGAGAUCAUCAUUGGUGGUCGGUGGAGAUGGGCGGUAUUUUAAUAAAUCAGCAAUAGAAACAAUAAUGCAGAUGGCAGCUGCCAAUGGGAUUGGUCGUCUGGUUAUUGGACAGAAUGGAAUCCUUUCUACCCCUGCUGUGUCCUGCAUCAUCCGAAAAAUCAAAGCCAUUGGUGGGAUCAUUCUGACAGCCAGCCACAACCCAGGAGGGCCCAAUGGGGAUUUUGGAAUCAAAUUCAAUAUUUCUAAUGGAGGUCCUGCUCCAGAAGCAAUCACUGACAAAAUUUUCCAAAUCAGCAAGACUAUUGAAGAAUAUGCAAUUUGCCCUGACCUGAAAGUAGACCUUGGUGUUCUGGGAAAGCAGCAGUUUGACCUGGAAAACAAGUUCAAGCCUUUCACAGUGGAAAUUGUGGAUUCGGUGGAAGCUUAUGCUACAAUGCUGAGAAACAUCUUUGAUUUCAACGCACUGAAAGAGCUACUUUCUGGUCCAAACCGACUAAAGAUCCGAAUAGACGCCAUGCAUGGAGUUGUGGGGCCGUAUGUAAAAAAGAUCCUCUGUGAAGAGCUUGGUGCCCCAGCAAACUCAGCAGUGAACUGUGUUCCCCUGGAGGACUUUGGAGGCCACCACCCUGACCCCAACCUCACCUAUGCUGCUGACCUGGUGGAGACCAUGAAGUCAGGAGAGCAUGAUUUCGGGGCUGCCUUUGAUGGAGAUGGGGAUCGGAACAUGAUUCUGGGCAAGCACGGGUUCUUUGUGAACCCUUCUGAUUCUGUGGCUGUCAUCGCUGCCAACAUCUUCAGCAUUCCAUAUUUCCAGCAGACAGGUGUCCGUGGCUUUGCACGCAGUAUGCCCACAAGUGGUGCCCUAGACCGGGUAGCAAAUGCCACAAAGAUCGCUUUGUAUGAGACCCCAACUGGCUGGAAGUUUUUUGGGAAUUUGAUGGAUGCAAGCAAACUGUCCCUUUGUGGGGAGGAGAGCUUUGGAACUGGUUCUGACCAUAUCCGCGAGAAGGAUGGACUGUGGGCUGUCCUGGCCUGGCUCUCCAUUUUGGCCACCCGCAAGCAGAGCGUGGAGGACAUCCUCAAAGAUCACUGGCAGAAGUUUGGUCGGAACUUCUUUACCAGGUAUGAUUACGAGGAGGUGGAAGCCGAGGGUGCAAACAAAAUGAUGAAGGAUCUGGAGGCCCUAAUGUUUGACCGCUCCUUUGUGGGGAAGCAGUUUUCUGCAAAUGAUAAAGUCUAUACUGUGGAGAAAGCUGAUAACUUUGAAUAUAGUGACCCGGUGGAUGGAAGUGUUUCACGAAAUCAGGGCUUGCGGCUUAUUUUUGCAGAUGGUUCUCGUAUCAUCUUCAGACUGAGUGGCACCGGGAGUGCAGGGGCCACUAUUCGACUGUACAUCGAUAGCUAUGAGAAGGAUGCUGCAAAGAUCAAUCAGGAUCCCCAGGUCAUGUUGGCUCCCCUUAUUUCCAUUGCUCUGAAGGUGUCCCAGCUGCAAGAGAGGACAGGACGCACCGCACCCACUGUCAUCACCUAGAAAGACAGCCAGAGGCAGUACGUCCCUCAACCCAGGACCCAUCACCACCUGAUUGAAGAGCAUGGACAGAAAUAAAGUAUAUUUGCCCGGGCUUUUUAGGAUUUGAUUUUCACUUCCCACUUGUUGAUAAACAGAGCAUUUCAGGCACUGCGGAUAGAGCUGUGUGGGAGAGCAAAAGCCAUCCUGAGGGCUCGUGCCCGUGUCUGUUUCUUCUCUUGCUCUUUUGUACUGCUGUAGGUGGGCGAUUGUCUCUAGUAUCAGGUACUGUUUAUACUACAGUGUACAGUGAAGACAGAGGGUCAGUGUCAGGCCAUGUUUCAUCCUUAGGUGGUACCCACGAAAUGACAGCAAAGUUCUUUUCUCCUCUGUGAGAUGUUCUCCUUGUUUACUGGUUACAUGUAACCCAACAAAAUACAGUUUCUGGUGCCUUCUCUCCAAUCAGUUUUCCUCAGAGUGAGACGUGCUUCCCUACAGAUUUCUGCAUUAUUUUGCAGCGUAGUCCCAACUACACAGAUACUUUGGGAUAUUAAAUCAAAACAUGUUACCUUU